AUUUCGAUUGAUGAGCGGUUAAACUUGAUAAGUCUACAUAUUUUUUCAUUUAAAUUAAAUAAGAAAUUCACCCACGUCACAAUAUAGUUCUAAUUUCAAUAAUUCCAUUUGCUCGACUUAUAGGGUUUAAUCUUACGGCGCUCACAUCUCGAUUUUUUUUUAAAUGAUGUUUGUACCAUAGAUACCGAACAGAGUUAAAGUUGUGAUCAUUUUGUGCCAGUGACUUAAAAUCGAUAGACGCCGCAAUUGAUCGAAAGUGGAGUGGUACUCGCGCGGCUUGGUGAGGAUAUCGCCAGGUUCGAGGGAGUUUAUUAUCUGGGAAGACGAGAAAGGCGCCAAAAUGGCCCCCCUGACGGAUACCGUGUAUAACUGGGCCAUGUCGGCAGGAGACCGGGAGUCCGAUGCCCAGGUCAAGAAGGGCGAGGAGGGCGCGGGCGGCGACCGCGACUCCCGCGCCGCGGCGGCGCUCAAGAAGAACUGGUGUGUGGGACUCAGGAUAACUGAACUGGUUAUCACGGUGAUCGCCAUCGGGCUCGUGACCGGAGCGCUAACUUCACCCUACAUAGUGCAGUCGAGAUUGUCGCACAUCGCCGUCAUCUUCUCUGCUUACUCCAGUUACAUCAUCAUCACCGGCAUCCUGAUCCUCGCGCGGCUGUUCGGUGAGUCGGCGGGAUGGAAGACAUCCAUCGGCUUUUCUGUGCUCGGGGUGGUCAUGUUCACUGCCGCUGCAGCCGUCAUUUUCUAUGACUGGCACACUUCGUACUACGUAGUGGUCCGACCGAACAAGCAAGCUUACGACCUCCUUCUAUCGUCCGGCGUGUUCGCAGUGCUUGGCGCGGCUGUGUUCUUGUUCCACGCCUUCUUCACUUUCCGGAAGGAAGCAGACAUUUAAAAAAACCCGUCAUUCGCUCUACUUUUACUAUGUGUCAGAAAUGCCAGUACUGUGUCAAUCUAUUUAAAUUAGAAAAGUCGAUACAGAGAUAUGGAACGCAUUCUGUAUGAUCUUCAAACUUAAUUUUAUCUCUUUUAUUAACUGCCCUGUUUAAUUUAUAGUUUUUAUUUUAGUUUAGUAUUAGAAAUUUUAGCUCUGUUGGGCAUAAUGCAACUUAAUGCAAUUCAUUUGUAAAUAAUUUAUUAAGAAACCGUUAGUUGUCCUCAUUGAGUAGCUAUUCAGUUUUUCAAAUCCAGAUUUAUUCAGUUUGUUGAUAAAUUCAUCGUAUUGAUAAUUUUGUCCUAUGCAGCAGCUCAAGUAAAAUACAGUUUUCUUCAUGGCAGCAUUCUUUUUAAUGAAUCUUUUAUUCUGGCCGAGGGAGUGCAAGUUAUGUAAAAUUAAGUUGUAGAAUAUGUUUCAUAGUAUGAACUUAGUUUUUACUUCGUGGAGAGGUUGAGGUUGAGGAGUGUAUGAGGUUGUAAAAUGUGCAAGAGCCAAAAUAUACCUAAAUAAAUAAAAAACUAUGAGGUAAUUUUUUAGUAUUAAAAAUAUCCGGUGAAGGCCUUAUUCAAAGGGGUUGUGUAAAUGUGGUUUUGAAGUUUGAUACUUCUUUCAAGGAGUAUUGUACGGCUUAGUAUUUAAGACUUUUUAAACCAACGAGUAUUACUUAAAUAUUUAGUAUUAUACUUUCAAAACUUUAUAAGAAAAAAAAACAUACAUUAAGAAUGUUAAGUUUUAAAUUUUCGCGCGCGCGAUUGUUUGACAUCUGCCACAGAUAGUAAAUAACGAUAAAAAAAGUUUAACACCAGACAGCAUGCAAUAAUAAACAGUUUAUAGUAAAAACAAUUGUAGCAACUUAGACAACACUACACUUUGAUUGUAUUAGAAUUUUGAUGUGCAUUCUUUUUCGUGUGUUUUUAACGCCUUAGUAAUAAUUUAUUAUAUUGUAAUCGUAAUUGUUAAUACUGAAACAUUCCGCUAAAACCAAAUUUAUGUUAGUGCGUAAGAGCGUGUCGUAUACAGACACGCAAAAGUUAAAUAUGUUGUAGUUGGACCAUAUAGCCCGCUACCAUACCUCGUAGAAGAGUUCUUAGACCUAGUAUUAUACCCGAUGAGAAUUAUAAAUGGGCUGACAUAGGAAUUCUACGAAUAAAUUGAGAAUAUACUUAUACAUUUUGUUUAUUAGAUUAACAGCACUUUGCUAAAUUUAUUUAAUUAAUCAGCAAGUACUUUGCUUACGCGGGUGUAGACAAAAAAGGAAGUGAUUCACCAGAUUCGUGCAGGUUCGAUAGCUUAGUUGGUUACAGCGACUGGUCAUAAGUUGAAACGGCAAUUAUCAUUUAACUUAAAAAUAUAAUGUGGAAAUUUACAUAGGUCCGAUUAUAUUUCAACUGCAAUUAAUUUAACUAGAAGAAAAUAAUUGUUUUUUUUUGUAGUAUAAUUAAUUUGUAAGCAUUUAAAGACACAAUAAGGUAUGAAAAAAGGUAAAUAUUGCUUUCGAAAUAAAUUACUUAAUAUAAAUUAUUUAAUAUGUUAGUUAUUAAUAAGUUUACGUUAAAUAAUUAUUACUUUUAUUGAAAGGGAGAACCAAAGCAGUAAUCAGUAUCCGUCCAGUAGUAGUUUUAGUUUAUUAAGUUUCCUUUCAUUUUAACACCUUCUUCAUCUACUUAGAUGAUUCUGUAUUUCUGUAUCUUUCCUAAUAAAUUACAUUAAUAUAGAUUAUUUUUCAUCAUCAAAAUAGGUUAUUUAAUAGAGUUUAUUUGGUAUGUAAUCUUAGAAAAGUAAAUAGUAAUGUAAAUGCAUGUAAACAGUACACUGGCGCUAAUGUUACCUUAUUUAUCCACAACCGCAACAAAAGGUACCCGCGACACGCACAGAUAAUUAUAAUUGAAUAUUAUUUUAUAUGUAUAUACAUUGUAUCCGUUGUAAUUGUUUAUUAAAUAAAUAUAAUUAAAAA